UAAGGAGGGAUACAAGAAUAAGGCUUGUACAUCCUAUGCAGUAGAAAUGUUCAACCUUUAUGCCCAAAGGAAUGACGUGACCAUCACUCAUCAUCCAUCUGCCUUCCCAAGUUCAUCCCACUUGAGAAAGAGGAGCAGCACUUGUCACAAUUGUGGCAUCUUUUUGUCCACGUAUUUUUCUUACUGCUAUAGCCCAACAUCUAAACACCACCCAGCGCAAGGCAGGCACUCAACAAAUCUGCAGUGAGUGAAUGAAUCUGAAAUCCUAUGGGCAUCAUUCAGUCACAUGAAGUCAUAACCUAGUAAACGUGCUUCCUCUUAACAGCCAAGAAUCCUGUUCUAUUGUCUCCACAGAGCCCUCCUAGGGAAAAGAGAAGAGCCUAGGUGAUUAGAAUGGACCCCAUCUCCUGUAAGUUACACCAGAACUACAGAACUGAGGGGGCUGGCUUGCAGACCUGAAGUCCACUCUCUCAUUGUACCAAUGGUGAAACUGAGCUCCAGAGGCAGGGCUGACACACCCCAGGUAACACAUCCACGUUGCUUGGCUCCCAGGCCCACUGGUGCUUUCAUCCAACACCUUCAUGGUGCAUAUGGGAAAAGAGGGAGAAUGAGAUGGAUGGAGAGUGAGAUGAAUGGGGCAAACCAGACGGUCGUGACAGAGUUUGUCCUGCUGGGGCUACAUGACCACCACAACCUAGAGAUGGUGCUGUUUGUGCUCUGCCUGGGCAUCUACUCUGUGAAUGUGCUGGGGAACGCCCUCCUCAUUGGGCUGAACACGCUGGACCCCUGCCUUCACACCCCCAUGUACUUCUUCCUCAGCAACCUCGCCCUCAUGGACAUCUGUGGCACAUCCUCCUUCGUGCCUCUCAUGCUAGUCAACUUCCUAGAAACCCAAAGCACCAUCUCCUUCCCUGGCUGUGCCCUGCAGAUGUACCUGACCCUGGCGCUGGGCUUCACGGAGUGUGUGCUCUUGGCCAUGAUGGCGUGUGACCGGUACGUGGCCAUCUGCCAGCCGCUUCGCUAUUCAGAGCUCAUGAACCGGCAGACAUGCAUGUGGAUGGCAGCAUUGAGCUGGGGGGCAGCCUUUGCCAACUCCCUUCUCCAAUCCAUUCUCACCUGGAGCCUCCCCUUCUGUGGCCACAAUAUCAUCAACCACUUCUUCUGUGAGAUCUUGGCGGUGCUGAAACUAGCCUGUGGGGACAUCUCUCUCAGUGCACUGCUAAUAAUGGUGGCUUCAGCUGUCCUGACGCUGGCCCCGCUGCUGCUCAUCUUCCUGUCCUACGUGUUCAUCCUCACUGCCAUCCUGAGGGUGCCCUCCGCUGCCAGCCGGCACAAAGCCUUCUCUACCUGCUCUGCCCACCUCACAGUGGUGGUGAUUUUCUAUGGGACCAUCUCCUUUAUGUACUUCAAGCCCAAGGCCGAGAACCUCUACUUGGACAAGCUUCUUGCAUUGUUCUAUGGGGUCGUGACCCCCUCACUGAACCCCAUCAUCUACAGCCUGAGGAAUGCAGAGGUGAAAGCUGCCGCCAUAGCUCUGCUGAGGGGAGAUCUCCUCUCCAGGAAGAUGGCCCGCUUUCCUGUUGUUCUCUAAGUCCGUCACGCGGGACAGGCUAGUUACACUGUGGUCACUUCAAAAUUUCAGUGGCUUAAAACCACAAAGGUUUUUCUUCUUGCUUAUGCUGCAGGUCCUCAGAGGUUGGUUAGGGGAUCUAACUCAUCUUCUUCAUCCUUUGGGCCUUAGGGUGAUAAAGUAGCUACCACAUUACUGGUCAAAAUGGCAAAAAGGAAGGGAAAAAUGACAAGGCCUGGGAGGAUUCUUAAAGCGUCCACUCAGAAGUGAGGUGUUACUUCCACUUCCACUGCAUAGGCCAAUGCAAGGCACAGGCCAGGGAGGAUCACAAGGGAAGGGGAUGCCCACCUACCGCAUAUAUCUGGAAGGAGAGGAAAGACUAUGGAAUUCCUGAAGGGGCUGGUGAGGACCCCAAACCCUACAGUUCACCCAGGAGCUACUAGAGAUUUCUAGAGCUUCCAUUUCUGACCAGUUGUCCCUCACUGGCUGCUGUCAAGUUAAUCAUCCCAGAGAGUGCUGGUAAGCAGGCAUGUGGAGACUCUGGACUGGGGCAUUCUAACCAGGUCAGAUCCAGGCCUCACAGAGCUUUCUUUGCUCUCAGGUUCUGGGUUCGGGUUGAGCACGAGAGACUCUGGAAGAGAUGGGAAGGCAGAGGCAAGGCCACGCUGAGGUGGUGGAGCCCUCACUUGCUGUCAGUGCAGCCCCUCUGGCUCCUGCCAGGCCACCUGCAGCUGCUCUGAGGCCCGAGCGAGGGGAGCUCCAAUGCAGAGAGUGCCGGCUCCUCCUGCGGGUCACCAGUGUCCCUGAGUCCAAGACAGUGAGGGCCAGACACGGGUUCCAGUGUGUCCUCCUGGGCGCUAGUCUGUCCUCACCUUCCCCUUCACGCCACCCGAGAGCAGCUUCAGACCCGACACCAAGCACAGAGGCCGAGCGUGGCACUGAUUCUCCUGCAGCUCCCACAAAUGACAGCACUGUUCUCCACAACAAAGCCUUACAUUGCUCACACUGGUCCUGCUACUUUGGCUAGAUCCUGGCUGAUUCACCACUCAAGAACCUAUGUUUGCCCCCCAUUAUUGGGGCAGGAAGCCCAGAUUCUUCAGCUGAGUCCUCAGAACUUGAAAACCCGGCUCUGCACCGUCAGCCCGACACCCCAUUCGCCUCUGCACACAGUCAACCCCUCGCUAGUGUCCACACUGUGUCGCAUCCUGGUUUGUCGCUCGUGCUGUUCUCUGGGGAGACCUGGGACUUUUUUCAAGCAGCUUAGACACCAUCUUUCUGACAUAGCCUUUCCUGGCCUUUUAAAGGGGUUCUCUCCUUUGCGUCCCACAGCACUUUGUUGGAACCUUUCCCUUGGUAUCUAUCCCUGUCUCCUUUGCAUUCAUAUUUCACAACAUAUCAUGGGGGCCUCAAGGGCAGGACUCUGUGGGGAGCUGUCUCAGCUCACACAGAGCUUUCCCAACAGAGGGUUACUGAACUGAACUGUCACUCAGAAGCCGUCACAUGUCACACCUGGGGACUGGAUCCUGUGCUGCUCCAGGCACUCAGGGGCUUAGUCUGAACGUGUGGACAGACACGAGUGGGGAGCAGCAGUAUCUUGUGGUCAUGGCCCUGCCUUCCAGGAAGUCACCAAAACAAGUCAGGAUACAGCAAACAACCCCCAUUUGGGGAACCAGGAGACCAGGAUUCCAGACCUGGUUCAACUGCUCUGUCCGGCAAGGUCUUCCUGCUGGCCCUUCCCCUCCCCAAAGACACCUCACAUUUAAACUAUGCACAGCUGAACUCAUCCCUCUGCCCCCAAAGGUGUGUUACCCUCUCAGGGAACAGCACCAACACCCCAAGUCACCCAGACAUAAACCAGGCAGUUAUCAGAGGCGUCCUCUCACCCUCACUGCCCCACACAUCUGAUCCAUCACCAUGGCCCAGAGCGUCCACCUCACAGCUGCUCCCAGGUCAGUCCUCUCCUUCCUCUAACGCCACCAUCACCUUCUCUCUCUGAGUGUGCAACAGUUGUGCCAAACUCUCUAAAAUCCAUCCUCUGCACUACUAAAAAAAAAAAAAAAAACCUGUCUGAAAAAAGAAAACAGAAAACCACACCAAUCUGAUCAUGCUACUCAUCUGAUUAAACCCCUCCAAUGACACCAUUACCCAUCUCUCCUAGGAUAAAGGCCAGAUCCCAUCUACCUGCCCAAACUCAUCACUGGCUGCUCAUCUCCACCCCACUCCACCCACAGACACCUUCCAGACACAGUUCCCCAUGAGUAUCAGUCUUUCCUGCCCCUCUGUCUCCCCCUUGCUGUUGCCUCUCAUGUCCAAACACCUCUGGAUCUUUAGCUAACAUAUAUUAGACACUUAUCACACACCAGGCUAGGCACUAUACUAGUGUUCUGAAAGCUUUACUGGCUGGGGAUCAGAUGGGUGAUGAAAUCUCAGGGGAUGUAUGGGAUAUGCACACUUCUGACCAGAGAGGACACCCUUUCCACAUCUCAGCAUUAUACAAAACCCUUGGGA